GGCGAGCUCGUCGACUCCCAUCGGCGAAUUCGUCCUCAGACGGCGAUGGACGCCAAAGACUACCUCCAGUACAACCUGACUAUCCGCCUCGGUUCCCUGCUUGCUUUGCCAUCCAAGUUUCUCCACCGUCUCCGGCGAAUUGAUGACCUUCUGAAUCACGAUCUCGAUGUUCAGUCAGCGGCACUCAGCAUUCCGAUGCCCGUAACAACUUCAUUUCACAGUGGGGUUUCAGACGUGGCGCGCCCUCCCCCUUCUCGUUCAAGUCUCUCCUACGAAAUUACGACAAUGCCGGGUCCGUUCGCAUUCAUGACCUCGGGCUAUGCGCUUGGUCUCAUUGCUCUGGCAUUGCUGUUAAAUCGCAUCCAGCAUAUUGUUGUGCCACCGCGACGUUCGCUAGCUUACAGGAUUGUGCGCAGCCGUCGAUCGGUGUUUCACGCUCUAUUCUAUUCAUUCUUUCCCGUGGAUCUGUCUUCAACUGCAUACCGCUUCACUUUGCGCAUUCCGUCAUUAUACUUAUUAUACAAGUCCCUUGCACUGCUUUUCGUAAUACUCCUUCAAGUUUCCAACCUCUUUCCGUCUGCAAAAAUCAGCUGGUUGCAGCGUCUCGGUGGGUGGGCUGAGCGGAAAGAGAUGGAGGAUGUAUGCUGGUCUAUAUUCGGAACCGUCUGCACGGCACUCGUGGUCGGUGCCCUUACACGGGGACUGGAAGGAUUCAACUCCUCGAAUACCCAACCGUUCAAUAUAUUUGGCUAUGCAAUGCUGCUGCAUAUUUAUUCAAUGCCAGUGACACAUGCAAAUAGAAGUACUCCGACUAGGCCAGAUAUCAAUGUUCUCCUCACACUGCUGUUUCCUCUGCUACAGCUAGCAUUGGUACAUUCCCUCGGCAUAAGGAAGAAGUGGGCAAAAUAUCGUCUAGUGCCUACCACUAUUUGCUCGCUUGCGACAAUCAUUCAUUUCAAUGCCGUUCUUUUCACCAAACCGGCAUCCUAUCCAAUGCUCAAUUACUUGCCGUGCCUUCUUGAGACCUUGCUUCUUCUCAUUACGCUUCUUACAAUUACCUUGAAUGCUCUCACGCAGCUACUCCUGGAAGGAGAGAUCACCCGCCCUCUCUUUGGCCAUGCACAGACCUUGGCUCCAAAAUGGGACGAAGAUUUUGCGAUUGCCCUAUUACGGCUUGGUACCGCCAGUUUGGAGGCCACAAAUGUUGCGGGCUUGGGAAACGAAGUUGGACCUAUUACUAUCGGUGACUCUCAAUUGGUGGAUGCACAAGUGAAGAAGGACCGAUUGGACAGUGAAGGCACGAUCCAUUUGAAUAGCGCAGGAGUUGUUUCCAUAACCCGUGUGCCUGUUGCGAAGGGCGGGAGCCACAAUAAAGGUGGAUUUGGGAACGAAAUAAAAAACGUAAAGGUGAAGAACUCCGAGGAUGACUGGCUCAUUGACCACUUAUGGUUGCGAGAGCUCACGCGAUUUGGCUUGAGCCUCUUCUCUGUCGUUCGCGGGUUGUUCAGGUUCUUCCUUUGGCUUAUCUGGUAUAAAUGGAAGGGUAUUGGUUUAAGGCGACCGACCGUGGAUGCAGACGCACGAUUAUCUGGUGACACAUCUGUCAGCAAUUUUGUUCAUGCCGACUUCCGUCAAAGAGACACAUCCGAUGAUGUUUACAGCCGCUUCCUCAGGGGAGAAGAUGUCAGCGACGAUGAAGAGGAGUACAGUCCGACGCGGGAUCAUGCACUGUUAGGCAGUUCUCCGGACGAUGCUGGGCAGAAUUCCGAAGAGGGGGAAGAAGAACCAGAUACAGAGAACGACGAUUCAGACGAUGGUAACGGUCUAGAGACUGCGCGUCUGUACAGCGACCUCCUCACUAACUCCGCGACAUCUUCAUCUAUCUCUCCCGGUCCCGUACUCAUUGCUCACAUGACGUCGGAUUAUGCUUCGCCAUUAACGCGUCGCCGUUACAAUGAGCUCGUCGCUCUUCCUCAUAACCAGCUCACUUCUGACACCGCAAUAGAGCAGGGUAAAGACGAGUUUGGAGAUUUCAUCCGUGACAGGCGUGUGCGUGCGAGUACUGUGGGCACUGGGACGAGUUCGGUGGGAGAUCUCUCGCAGGACGGGCGGAUGAAUUGCGUGAUCUGCACAUCAGAGCCGCGGGAGAUCAUUUGCUGGCCUUGCAGAUGCCUUGCGUUGUGCAAUGACUGUCGAGAGAAUCUGGCUUCUCGCGUCUCGGCAUCGAAACACAUGUGUCCUUGCUGUCGUCGAAAUGUCGAGGGAUAUUCAAGGAUCUACAUUCCGUGAUGACCGAAGUCACCACUGGCGGUCUGUCAGGUAGAAAAUACACCUUCCACCCAAUAAAUCUGUAUAAGUAAAUUAUCUAUCGCACUCUGUCUUGUAUUGCAUUCUGGAAGAGGAGCAUGUAACUACUUAGGAAUAGCUGUCGUUGAUUUGAGAAAAGAAAAAGCAUAUUUGUGUAAAG